AUGGACUCCAUACCUGCAGGACGAGACUCCAGCUCUUCGCCAAACUCCAAACAAGAACUGUCCUACCCGACCUCCAACCUGAAGCCCAACCAGGUGGGGGAGACGGUGCUGUACGGAAUACCCAUCGUGUCCCUGGUGAUAGAUGGUCAGGAAAGACUUUGCCUCGCGCAGAUAUCAAACACCUUACUGAAGAACUACAGCUACAACGAGAUCCACAACCGGCGCGUGGCGCUGGGGAUCACCUGCGUCCAGUGCACCCCCGUCCAGCUGGAGAUCCUGCGCAGAGCCGGGGCCAUGCCGAUCUCCUCCAGGCGCUGCGGGAUGAUCACCAAACGCGAGGCGGAGAGACUCUGCAAGUCUUUCCUGGGGGCUCACUCGCCUCCUAAACUUCCGGAUAAUUUCGCCUUCGACGUGUCCCACGAAUGCGCCUGGGGGAGCCGGGGCAGCUUCAUCCCGGCCAGGUACAACAGCUCCAGGGCCAAGUGCAUCAAGUGCUCCUACUGCAACAUGUACUUCUCCCCGAAUAAAUUCAUCUUUCACUCGCACCGCACGCCGGAGUCCAAGUACACGCAGCCGGACGCGGCUAAUUUUAAUUCCUGGAGGCGGCACCUGAAACUGACGGAUAAGAGCAGCCCCAUGGAGGUCCUGCACGCGUGGGAGGACGUGAAGGCCAUGUUCAACGGGGGCAGCCGCAAGAGGACCCUUCCGGGUGGCGGGGGCUCCGAGUCCAGCUCGUCUCUGAAGCUGCAUGGGCCCAUCCGCUCCCGAGAAUCACCCGAGGUCCCCGCAAAAAUCCUCAGCUGCGAGGACACCCGCGGCGCCAUGAGCAGCGCGCGCAGCUACCCGGUCAUCCCGGUGCCCAGCAAAGGUUUCGGGAUGCUCCAGAAGAUCCCCCCGCCGCUGUUCCCCCACCCGUAUGGCUUCCCGGCCUUCGGCCUGUGCCAGAAAAAAGAGGACGGUUUGAUGAGCGAGCAGAGCAAAGCGGGCCUGCCGGGGGUGCUGUGGCCCGGUACCAAGGACAGCGCCUACCACUCCUUCCCCAUGUUCUGGCCCGCAGCGGGCCCGCUCCCCAUGCCUCCCUACCCGCAGGCUGCGCACAAGCCCCCACCGCCGGAGCUGCUGUGUCCCGCCAGACAGACGGACGUGGACAUCUCUGAGAGCAGCGACCGGAGCACGAACACGUCCAAAGACAGCCUGGUGGAGAACGAGCGCUGCUCCAGCACGCAGUCCGCGCGCAACGAGGACGACAAAUCCGGGGACGAGGGGAGGCUGGUGGAGGGGGUGAGCCUGCCGUCCCGGAAAAUCAGCUACGUGUCCGCGUUCAGACCCGUCAUCAAAGACGCAGACUGCAUAGCCAAGCUGUACGGCAGCAGGGGGGGUUACGGCGGGGGGCGCACCGGGUACCUGUCGCCCGACUUUUUAAGCGAGAGCUCCAGCUACCGGUCCGUGUCCCCGUGCGUGGACAGCGACGGGGAGCCGGACGUGGACGUUGGGACAAACAAAACGCCCGAGGAGGAGGACUCCAGACCUCUGUCCUCUUCAGUGUGUCCUCGGACUCCUCCCGGCCUGACGCAGGACUCAGACUCCAGAGGUACGGAGGGGGGUCCGGCUGAGUCCCAGAAACUGAGUGUCCAUGUGGGCCCGUCCUUUGAAAGAGACGCGCAGAGCAAACAGUUAUCAGAGCAGCACGUGCCCGCGCCUUUCACAGAAGUUUACACACCGGAGCGAGCUGAGCCGCAACACAGGAACAGUCCCUACCAGUUCAGACCCACCAAUUACCUGACAGCAGUGCUCAUUACAAAUGAUGAGAGCGCGAGCAAAGAGGAGCCGUCUUCCACCGUGGAGGAGACCGACACCAAAUCUGUUCAUGGACAAAACGGGCAGGAGAACCAGAGAGAGCCGGAUGAGGGCGAGGACGCGCCAACCAGAGUUGUGCCAACAAGAAGAGACAUCCAAAGUCUGGCAAAAGAGGAUCUGCAGAAGCAGCUGCUGGAGCAAGUGGAGCUGAGGAAAAAGCUGGAACGGGAAUUUCAAAACUUGAAAGGUACAAGUUGA